AUGUCUGAUACUGGGUCACAACUUGCAGAUCAUGAGGACGGCUGCUACAAUCUUUUCUGUACUAUGCUUAAGAUGUCCCAUGGCCACUCAACCCAGGAAACUUUGGAGAUAAUGAAGGAGUCAGAGAAGCGCUUAGUUGAAGAAUCGGUCAACAGAAGCAAAUCGGUGUCAAGGUCGCCAAGUAAAGAGGAGCAAGAAUCUGAUGAGACAAACUCACGCCAAGAGCCCCAGGUUAUUGUGCCUUUGUGCUGCUACAAUCUUUUCUGUACUAUGCUUAAGAUGUCCCAUGGCCACUCAACCCAGGAAACUUUGGAGAUAAUGAAGGAGUCAGAGAAGCGCUUAGUUGAAGAAUCAGUCAACAGAAGCAAAUCGGUGUCAAGGUCGCCAAGUAAAGAGGAGCAAGAAUCUGAUGAGACAAACUCACGCCAAGAGCCCCAGAGGCGGAAUCCAAGCCAUGGACAUGCUAGGAAGAGAGCCAAGUCAAACUCAAAGUUAAAGCUGGUACGAAGUUUAGCUGUCUGCGAAGAAUCAUCUGGACCUUUUAUGGAUGGUACCUUGGAGUCGCAGGUACCAACUCUG